AUGGCCCUAAAGCGCAUCUACAAGGAGCUCCUCGACUUUUCUCUCACCCUCCCUCCCCAGUGCUCAGCAGGGCCAGUGGGGGAAGACAUGUUCCACUGGCAGGCUACUAUAAAGGGACCCAACGACAGCCCCUACCAGGGAGGGGUCUUCUUCCUAAAGAUCCAGUUUCCACCCAGUUACCCCUACAAACCACCCAAGUUCACAUUCACCACGCGAAUUUACCAUCCGAACAUUAACAGAAGCGGAAGCGUCAGUCUGGUCAUCCUUGGACCUGAGUGGUUGCCCACACUGACCAUUUCCAAAGUACUGUUGACCAUAUACACCCUGUUGUGCGACCCCAGCCCAGAGGAUCCUUUGGCUCCAAAAAUUGCGAAGUUCUAG